UAGUAUAGUUCGAACGUUUUCAAAAUGGCCGCUUUUCUUGUUCAUUGUUCUUUUAUUUCGCGGUUUGUCUGGUAACUUAUGGGAUUUAUCGCUUAUCGUAUAUGAUUCGAGAUGGAUCCAAGGUUACUAAAAGAGCACGCAAGUUUUAAAAAGCGAAGUCUUGCAACGCCAUCGGUGGAAUCGAGAAAAACCAAAGACAAAAUAAAAUCACGGAAAGAGGAUGUUAACAAGAAAUCACAAAAAAGGAGUUACAGUGCUGCAAGUUCUUCACUGCCUAAGACAGCGAAUAGCUCUUUCGAUUACAAAACGGUAACAUUAAGACCAAAAAAUCGCUUCACUGUUCUUGCAACAAUAGUGAACGAGAUGAAACGCAGACAUCUCGAAGGGGAAUUCGAACCGUUAUCUAUCGAUGAGAUACUAGACAGAAUAAAGUACACGGACAUUGAUCCAAAUGAUAAAAGCUGGUUGGCAAAUCAAGCAUUAAUAAACAACGAUCGGCUAACCAUUAAGGGUGGAAAGUUCUUGUUUAAACCUGUGUAUCACAUGAAAAACAAAAGGCAAUUUAUCGACGUACUACAGAAGCAUUACAAUGAAGGAAGAGGCGGAUUGUUAUAUGAUGACGUCGAAGAAAGUCUUCCUUCUGCUGAAAAGAUUGUUCGUAGUACAACAAAUAAGAAUAUUGUCCUUAAAGUCACAAGACCAACUGACAAGAAGAUUGUUCUGUUUCAUAAUGACAUACAACAUUCAAUGGUAGUUGAUGAAAAAUUCAAAGAACUCUGGCGGCAUUCAAGUGUUGAAGGUAUGGGAGAAGGUGACAUUGAAAAUUAUCUUGUAAAUCAUGGUAUAAGCACAAUGAAGGAUUCGGCAUUCAGGAAACCACCUGUAACUGUCCAAAAGAAGAAGUCCUCACAAAAAAAGAAACAGUUUAAGAUUCAAAAUGUGCAUUUGGAGCAGGGACUCUUAAAGGAUUUCAAUGAUGUAAAAAAUAAGUAAGGUUCUGAUUGGUCUUUUCUUGAAUAACCAAGGUACAUUUUGAUGUGCAUGCUUAUUUUGUUUGGCAACUUAAUACCUCUGUUUACCAACUUAAUACCUUUGACAUAAGUUGAUAAGAGGUUGUUGAAAAGGUGCAGCUGUUGAUGUAUGAUGCCAACUGAUCAGUUUUCAUGUCAAGGAAAAAAACAAAGUAAUUCAACAUAGUCAAGACUUCAAUUCACAUAUUUUGUCUAUUUCAUGAUAAGUGAAAUAACUUGUGGUGAAUUCAAAAUAUAUAUAUAUAGUUAGUUAUGACUAAA